GGGGGGCUGGUAUCUGUACCUCGGUCAGAAUAUUUUUUCGCACGUUUCGCGGGUCAGAAAUUUUUUUUCCAGUACAGUUUAUAUAGAAAAUUUUUUUGCCAAUUUUUUUUUUUCAUAUGGCAAAACAUUGAGCCAGAUUAUUUUUUCCAAGGCACAUGCAGCCAGACUAUUUUUUUCAGUAAAAAUCAGGAUCAGAAUUUUUUUUUCUCUAAAAAAUACCAGCACCCCCGCCAAAAUCAAAUGGUCCGUGCCUUACAAAUUUCAUGGCUUUAACUCAUGGUUUUACAAAUUCAGGAACAUCGUAUAAAAAAAAUUUAUUUUAAUUUGGGAUAUAACUUUGUAAGCGUUUCAGCAGUUGAAGUAUUUCUCAAAUGACAUCCUAUUCUGCAUGGUACAUGUUUAUGUGAGUAAAUAUGAAAUUGUCCCUUUUCUGGAAUUAUUUUUCGUUUUCCUUAUAUAAUUCAGAAAGCUCUAGAGAGUCAAGAUCCAGAUCUGCAUCUCCCCACAAUGAUAGUGACAGUGACAGUCCAGCUGAACAACCAGCCAGACAAAGAGGUCGUGGAAGAGGCCGGGGUCGAGGUCGUGGAAGAGGCCGGGGUCGAAGUCGGGGAAAUGUAGUUCGUCGAGCUAGAGGAGGUAGGAGGGGAAGAGGAGUCCAAAGACCUAUUGGACCAAACAGAGCUGAGGUAGCAGCUGCCACACUCGAGGAAAGAAAUCAACAACUUCAGGAAUGUAUAUCACGGCUGUCUGAAGAUGAUUUGAGGGGACUUGUUGGCCGGAUAGUGACCAGAGACCCUGCCUUUGUCUUUGAUCUACUGGACCAGGACAACACCCAGCAAGGCGGACACCACCCUGUCCCUGAUAGUCCAACUCCAGACUGGUGCACCUGUACUUACUGUCGCCAGAUGCCCACAGAGGCUGAGAAACUCUGUUGUGGUAGAAACAGAGAAAAUUGUUAUUCCAGGAUACCAGAUUUCAACCUGAUUGUGCUUGAUGAAGCUGUACUUGCUGUUGCUAGAAGGUUCAGAGAGGAACUUCUAGUAAUGCCAAAUGACAACGAUUAUAAUCGGUCGAAUCGACAUGCUGCCUACCGCCAGUACAUUGUAUGGACACAUGGCAGGCUAGGUGCAGGAGACCGUCGUGUCAUUCCUAGCUGCUGUGUUUGGAGAAUUCGUGAUAAAUAUCCAGAUGCUUUUGGACAGUAUAAAGGUUUUGUUGGGGGUCGUUUUAAUUGAAAAUAAAUAACUUUUUGUUGUUACAUGUCAUUUUUUAAUAAUAAUACCAGAGGUAUGUUGCUCCAAAGUGAAAGUCAUCAUUAAAGUGUUAUGGAUGUCAUUACAAAUUGGUUGACCACAAUGAAAAAAUUGUUUCUAAAUGAAACUUAUCAUGUUCCCUUAACUUUCUCUCUUCCUCAUAACCAGAUUUGAUGGAAGCUGCAUGACCAGUAUCCUACAGGCAGCAGAGUUUACAUACACUUCUGGCUACCUCACAAACAAUUUCAAAAAAAUAAUAAAUGUAGACAUCACACAUAAAUUAACGUAGCGAUCACACAUAAAUUUACAAAU